AUGGCAAACUUAGCCAUUCCCACAGUUGAUUUUUCACCUUUCUUCACAGACAGUGAUGAGGAUGGAAAGACGAAUGCAGAAGGAAUAAUUAAACAAGCUUGCUCAAACUAUGGUUUCUUCCGAAUUGUGAAUCAUGGCAUACCCUGCGAUUUGAUAAACCGAGCCCUGAAGCUUUCAGAGACAUUCUUUGCGUUCCCAGAUGAGGAGAAGCUCAAAUAUAGCCCGGGAUCGGGCGCACCUCUUCCCGCUGGUUAUAAUAAGCAGCCAGAGAACUCUGCUGAUAAAAAUGAAUACUUACUCAUGUUUCCACCUCAGUCCACCUUCAAUGUUUUGCCCACAAAUCCGCCUGAGUUCAGAGAAGUACUUGAAGAGAUGUUCACCUAUUUUGCUAGAACUGGUGAACUUAUAGAGAGAAUACUGAAUGAUUGUUUGGGUCUCCCACCCAACUUUUUGAAAGAAUUCAACAAUGAUAGAAGCUGGGAUUUCAUGGCGGCUUUGUACUACUUCCCAGCAACUCGAAUUGAAAACAAUGGCAUAUCUGAACACGAAGAUGGAAACUGCAUCACCUUCGUGAUUCAGGACAAAGUUGGAGGUCUCGAGGUCAAAAAAGAUGGAGAAUGGAUUCCAGUUACUCCAGCUGAAGGCAGCAUAGUUGUCAACAUAAGCGACGUUAUUCAGGUGUUAACGAAUAACAAAUUUAAGAGUGCUACUCACAGAGCUGAGCACGAUAUUGUUAUGCUAUGA